GGCACCAUGGUGUGAGGGGCCGCCGGAUCGCUGGCGUGUUCGGCAGGCGCAAGGAGCCUUCCCGUUUGAUGGCAGCCGGGGCAAAUUGCGCCGAAGGAGAGAGGAGGAUGAAGGGCCGACGGCUGGCGUGGCUUUAAAAGGCUGCAGAAGGGGGUUUCCCCCGGAUCCCUUGUCCUGCUCGCUCCCCGCCGCCUGCCUCCUUUGCCCCGUCUGGAAACCCCCCUCUCGCAGCCUUGCCCACAAAGAUGUCUCUGGCCAUGGACGAGGAAGAGUUCACCAAGCUGGUGAUGGAAUCGGAGCCCGAGUGGCUGCGCACCGAGAUCAAGCGGCUCUUCCAGGAGCUGGGCGAGACCACCCGGGAGAAGAUCCAGGCUGCCGAGUACGGGCUGGCAGUGCUGGAGGAGAAACAGCAGCUCAAGCAGCAGUACGAGGAGCUGGAGCUGGAGUACGAGACCAUCCGCACCGAGAUGGAGCAGCUGAAGGAGGCUUUUGGGCAAGCUCAUACCAACCAUAAGAAGGUUGCAGCAGAUGGAGAGAGCAGGGAAGAGACCUUGAUUCAGGAAUCUGCCACAAAGGAAGAGUACUACAUGAAAAAAGUCAUGGAGCUGCAGACAGAACUGAAACAGCUGCGGAAUGUUCUUGCCAACACCCAGUCUGAAAAUGAACGCUUGAAUUCUGUUGCCCAGGAACUGAAAGAGAUAAAUGAGAAUGUGGAGGUACAGAGGGGCCGCUUGCGAGAUGACAUCAAAGAGUACAAAUUCCGAGAAGCACGCUUGCUGCAAGAUUAUACAGAACUUGAGGAGGAGAACAUCUGUCUGCAGAAACAAGUGUCUGUUCUGAAACAGAAUCAGGUGGAGUUUGAAGGGUUGAAGCAUGAAAUCAAGAGGCUUGAAGAGGUAACUGAAUUCCUUAACAGCCAGCUAGAAGAUGCCAUACGGCUGAAAGAGAUAUCUGAACGCCAGCUUGAGGAGGCCUUGGAAACCCUAAAGACUGAACGUGAACAGAAGAACAACCUUCGCAAGGAGCUAUCCCAUUAUAUGAAUAUCAAUGAUUCCAUGUACACCAGCCACUUGAAUAUCUCCUUGGAUGGACUGAAGUUCAGCGAUGAAGCCACAGAGCCCAAUAAUGAUGAAAUCGUGAACGGCUUUGAACAAAACUGCCUGAGUAAAAUGAACAAUGGCAAUAACAAAGCAUCUGUGCCGAAGAAAAAUGAAAGCUUCCCUCCAGGCCCUAGCCUUGUGUCUGACCUCUUGAGUGAACUGAAUAUAUCUGAAAUCCAGAAGCUGAAACAGCAGCUUAUGCAGAUGGAAAGAGAAAAGAUGAGUUUGUUGUCCACACUUCAGGAGUCUCAGAAACAGCUGGAGAAUACCCGGGGAGCCCUUUCAGAGCAACAUGAAAAAGUUGGCAGGCUCACAGAGAACCUGAAUGCCAUGAAGAAACUCCAGGUCAGCAAGGAACGUCAGUCAGCUCUAGACAAUGAAAAGGAACGUGACAGCCAUGAAGAUGGAGAUUAUUAUGAGGUUGACAUUAAUGGCCCAGAGAUUCUAGAAUGCAAGUAUAAAGUCGCUGUGGCAGAAAUUAAUGACUUGAAAGAAGAGCUUAAAGGCCUUAAGGCCAAAUAUGAGGAGUGUGAAUCAAAUUAUGAAGAGGAGAAGAGCAGAUCUGAGACAGAAGCUCAAGCUCUGACAGAAAAGAUUACCUCACUGGAAAAAUCUAGUAGGCAAGAUAGGGAGCAGGUAGUCAGACUGGAGAAGGAACUCAAGAAAGUCAGUGAUGUUGCUGGGGAAACUCAAGGCAGUCUCAGUGUUGCCCAAGAUGAACUGGUCACUUUCAGUGAAGAGCUAGCUAACCUGUACCAUCACGUUUGUAUGUGUAACAAUGAAACUCCAAACCGGGUGAUGCUGGAUUACUACAAAGAAGGUAAAGGAGGACGCACCAGUCCAGAGGGCAAAGGCCGCAAGUCACCAAUCCUGCUUUCCAAAGGCUUGUUGUCCAUAGACUUAGGAAAAUCAGAGAAUGGGAGUGGUGAUAGCAGUCCAUCACCAGUGUCUUCUCUCCCAUCACCUGUAUCAGAUCCUAGGAAGGAACCAAUGAACAUUUACAAUCUGAUUGCCAUAAUUCGUGACCAGAUAAAGCAUCUGCAGGCUGCUGUAGACAGAACAACAGAGUUGUCCAGGCAACGAGUGACUACGCAAGAACUUGGGCCAGUAGUGGACAAGGACAAAGAAGCUCUUAUGGAGGAAAUCCUGAAGCUGAAGUCUCUGCUGAGCACCAAACGAGAGCAAAUAGCAACUCUGAGGACUGUGCUAAAGGCCAACAAGCAGACAGCAGAAGUUGCCCUUGCCAACUUAAAAAGCAAAUAUGAAAAUGAAAAAGCCAUGGUUACGGAGACCAUGAUGAAGCUUCGUAAUGAACUGAAGGCUUUAAAAGAAGAUGCUGCUACCUUCUCUUCUCUGAGGGCCAUGUUUGCUACCAGGUGUGAUGAAUACGUCACCCAGCUGGAUGAAAUGCAGCGCCAGCUCGCUGCAGCGGAAGAUGAGAAGAAGACCCUGAACUCCUUGCUCCGAAUGGCCAUUCAGCAAAAGCUGGCUUUGACCCAGCGCCUUGAGCAUCUGGAGCUGGAUCACGAGCAGUCCAAAAGGGUGCGCACAAAAUCCGCUUCCAAAGCCAAGAGUAGUAACCCCAGCGUAAGUCAUAUACGAUCCUGCGGAGACAGAUCUGAAGGGUCUGUGCUCAAUAACCAGGUCUUUUGCAGUGAGAAAUAUAAGAUCUGUUGUGACUAAGAAGGCAAAUAGAAGGUCAUAAAUAUGUAUCUGAUGUUUGUGCUGUUCGGUGUCAGCAUAAAUCCCCACUAUUUUAAUGUUGCAGUGAUGAGUGGAUUUGUACUAGUAUGUUGUUAAACCAUGUAAUACAAGUUGUAUUAUAGUGGUCUUAACUGUAACUGAUUCACAAGCAUGGGGUGGGGGGUAAUGCUGUUAACAAGUUAAGCAGUGGAGAAGUUCUUGGCUGCUUCUGCAAGGAGCAAGUAUGGUUUUACUGUCUAGGGUAAGUGUUAAAAGUGCACACCAGGUAUAUGGCAUCUGGUGUUCUUAAAUGUAGCUUGUAUAGCACAAAUGUGAUCCUUUCCCCUGCGUUGGAAGCAUACUUCAUGAUGGAGAUAAUUUCUCUGGCGAAAGCAUCUCCUUGCCUAAUAUGUUUGAGAAGUGGUGAAAUGAGUCAUUUGCAAUUAGAUACAUAACCUGGGUAUGGAGAGACCUUUAAAGCAAAACGCAAAUUAAGCUUGUUGUGGUGGCAAGCUUCACAUUAUCACCUCUUAUCAAAGUCCAAAUACUUUCAUAUAAGCUGCAAAAGCCAGAAGAACUCAAGGAGGGAGGCUGGAUGUUGAGAUCCUCUGAAAUGUUUUUCUGCUUGGCUUCAGGGGAUUAACCUAUAGAAAAUUGCACACACAUGCACACACAAGAUAUACAAUAUUACUCAUUUUGGAGUGAAACUUAAUGUUAAAAACAAGAUUAGGAUCACCCAGAAAAGUUAUGCUGCGGGACAGUAACAUCUACUGCAAAGAUUUCUCUGGUAUCAUGUUGUUGGCCAGCAUAAUGCUCUGGGAAGAAGAUAUUACAUACCAGGCACUAUUCAGCCAAAAUUAAGCUUCAGGUCUCCAGUUGCAAUCAAUGGAGUUGUGCUCAUUGUUAUGCUGUCUACACAGUAUAUAUGCUUUUAAAAUUGUUAAUAGGAAUAUGUUUUAGUAUUGUCAAGUUGCAAUGCAGUUCUUCUUACCUGACAGUAUUAAGGCUCAGUAGGCUAACAUUACAGAGCUCUGACUUUUGUUUACGCAAAACAAUAAAACAGAAAAUACUGCAUUUCUUAUGCAAGCACAUAUUUGACAGGGCUCUACAUUCUAGGCACAGGAAAUUAAAUGACCACUUUAUUAUUGCUAAUACAGAAUUAUGAAGUUGGUUAGGUAUAUGUGUUUUUAAAAAAUACUUUGUCCACUAUUGAACGUUUAAGGGGCCUCUUUAGCCACUUAAUUUCAGUAAGUUAUUAACAAUAAUAAUAAAAGUGUACUUCAUAAUUGGUGCCUAUAAUGAUACAAGACUGGAGGUAAUGAUAAUAAUACAAUGAUAAUGAUACAAGACUGGGGAUAAAACGAUGUGGUAAAUUUAAAGAGCACAAUAAGGCGCAUUGUUUUUUUUAAAAGAACAAAAGAAAAAGAUUCAAAAGUGCCUAGUCCCAACUUUUAUUUUAAUGUAAAGCCCUGUCCAUUUUGUACUCCUUUCAAAUUACUUUGUAUGCUUAGAAUAUUACUAGAGAGUGAUGCAAGACUGCACAGCUGUACCUUCUGCUGAUGGUAGUACAGUUCCGCCCCUCCCCCUCCCGCCAAGCCAUGCUAAGAAUAAUCUUGGUGUUGUACUGCCUCAUCUCAUAUUACCGUUUCUUUUGUAGAUGAUCAGCAGCUUGCUUCCUCUGCAUUGCCGCUCUGCCUAUAAAGUAGUUAGGAGCUAUAGCAAUGUUACUGUAAGGUAAUAAGGGGAGUGCUGCCUGCUUUCCCAGCAGAGGAAACUACGUGGUGCUUGGACUUCUUGAGAAAUUAGAACCCCCCCCCCCAAAAAAAGUCUGCAAAAAGAAACCCGAGAAUCUCGCAUCUAUUUCAGAUAUAAAAAGUUAUAACUGCUGAUAUGUCCAGGUCUAAUACGUUACUGAAGAAUCAACUAACAUGAGAGAGUUGGUUUCUUUAAAAAAAUUUAGAUUGUUUAAUGUCAGAAUGGCAGGCUCCAUAUGCCUCACUUAUUACUGCCUUUGCAGGAAACACUGUAUUCUCUGGAAUUUGAGCUUUAAUAUUGCUAGGUAGCAGGUUUUGAUGUUUUUAGAAACAGAACACCUUUUAACAAUGUUCAAUCCUGCUUUGUUCCUCUUUGCUGCACAAUAACCCCAAAGGCCUUUUAACUGCCCUCCCCCAUCAUUCUUGCUUUGUAUGUGAAUUUUUAAAAGAUGCCUGUGGGAGGGAAAAUAACUAGGCAUUUAGAAUGCUACCCUGUUUUGCUCCAUUUGAAGCAACCAUCUCUUAUGCUUCCAGAUUAAUGGGGAGCUGUUAGUACAAUGCGAACUGUAUCCUUUGUUCCUGGUUGUGCUUGUAGUAUAGAGUACUCACAGGAAAAAGGAGGUUUUAAGAAAUGGAUUGCAUUGGCAAGUUUUCAAGUUAAUUGAAAAAAAAACCGAGAAGUAUCAGUGUUGUUUGAAGUUAUCAUUGUCUUAUCAAUGUCAAUUCAUUACAACGGUUUGAGAGCUCAGCACAGGUUGGAUAGUGGUUUUGUUGUCAUCUCUACCCUUCUUUUUAACAAACAGAGGUGUAGUCCGCUGAGCUCUUGGAUCAUGUUAUGUCUGGAACUUUCACCAGUUGCCAUGCUUGGGUCAAUCCCAUCCUGGAGCAGCCCUCCUUCACUGUUAAACGUUUGUGAAUGCUGUAUGGGUCCAAUUGGUCUUAAUCCUUGGUAGAAAGAGAAAGAUUAAUUCUGUAAGGUGAUAUGCAGAUUCUGUUUCUAAACUUGAAUUCCAGAUGUUCAGAGUUUGUAUGAGGGAGUCAGUUUCCUAAAACUAACUUCAGUUGAUAUAUUUUAAAAGGGUCUGCUUUUGUUGAGUUGGGAUACAGCAUGGAAAAUUACUAAGCCAUCACCUACCUCUGCAAGUAGGACUUUUCUCAUAAAUUAUUUACUGCCCUCUGCAUUGUCUGGCAUGAUACACUGACCUGCAUGUUUCUGGAGAACCUACAGCUUCAUUGAUAACUUCUCUUGCUUACUCAGUGCUGUCUACUUUUUGCUUGAGCAGCAUAGCUUGAUUCAGGACUUGUAAGGAACUUUCUUCCUGCAGAGCUUUUGCUAACUGGCAAGUGCAUCAAAGCAUUGUUUCAGAUGCUUGGAAAGCACACUCAAGCUAAGUUGGUUGCUUGACCUUUGAAGACUAACAGCCCCUCAGCUGACUAAUGUGCUAUGGACAUCUUGCAGCACACCAUUGUAUUUUUAAAGUUUCUAGUUCUUAAACUGAAGCAUAAUAACCAAGCUUUUUGAAAAAUUUCUAAUGUUAUUAUUUUUUUU